AUGGCCUCGGCAGUUUUCUCAAAUCCGUCAAAUUUUCCAAUCAAAAUCAACUUCGGUCUCCCACCACUCAGCCCCAAUGAUCGCAUCACCUUGGCUAGCAUGUUCCAGGCUAUUCACCAGAUGUCACGAAUCCUGACGCCCGUUACGGCGUUAUCGAAGCUCGAUGACAAAAGCCGGCCAGGCUCAAACGGCUCUGGCAUUCAGACCCUGGAAACCCCUGAGUGUCGUCUACACUGUUACGAAUCCAUAACUGGAGCAAAAUUCCUCCUUGUCACCGAUCACCGGAUACCCGCCAAUGCACGAGACGCUUUAAAAUUAGUGUAUUCAGCUUAUACUGACUAUGUAUUGAAAAACCCUUUCUAUUCGCAGAACCAGCCAUUUAACUUCGAGUUUUUUAACGAAAAGGUCAAGAAAAUAUGUGAGCAGGUGGAGCGUGGCAUUUUCACCUGA